AUGAAACAUCGUAAUAACACUAAUAAUUUGAAUCCAACAAUUACAUCAGGUGGAAGUAUUGGUAUUUCUAGUAGUGGAAGCAGAAAAAGUUUUAAAGUAAAUGUGCCCAAACCAGUUAACCUUCCAAUAUCAUCCAGUACUGCUGUAAAUACAAACAUCACGUCUGGUAGCAGUUUUAAUGGAACCCCUAACACUGUUUCAACAGGAUCUGCUGCUUCUAGUGGAAUGAGUAAUGCAUUGUCCAUGUCAUCGAAUGUUUCAAACACAUCCAAUACAACUAGUAAUGCUUGGGCCAGUAAACCUUUCCCAUUACUCCAAUCGAACACAUCAGAAUCAUCACAACAAUACACCGAUCCAAGUAUUCCUCAUCAAAUCGAAACCAAGGUUGUCAACACACCUCUUUCACUCCCGGUACGAUCCACUAGAACACCAGUAAUAUCCUCUCCUGCCCGUAAUGAUGACAAUGAUGAUGAUGAUGAUGAAAUUAUUACAAGUAAUCAUAAAGGCUCUUCAACAACUACCACCUCUGCCACUACCCCCUCUGAUUCUGAACACCGUUCAGAUAAGAAAUCAACACCACAAAUGUUGCCUGGUGAUAGCAACUGGAGUGAGAUUUCUGAUGACGAUGAAAUUUAUGACAAGGAGUUGGAAGAACUCAUUGAAAAGGAAAACAAAUCAUCAACUCCUCCUGUGAAAUCGAAAAAACAAAAGUAUCUGGAAAAGAAAAAACUAUUACGUGAACAGGAGAGAUUGAAUGCCGAGAAACAAACUACAUCAGUUACUUCCACUCCAAAAUCAGAUUCGGAAUCGUCAAUUAAGGCCACCAUUACUAGUCCAUCAGUCCAUAACGUUUCUCCACCACCCUCUCCUCCAUCAUUUUCAACAGAGCCACAACAUCAAAAGUUCUUUUCUCAAUCACCUCCUCAGCAAAACAAUCCACCUCCUUCUUCGAUUCCAUUAUCACAAUCAUUUCCUCCAAUGGCAUCUACUGCUGUAACACCAAGCGAAACAACGCCAGUAGAAGCCAACACUCACAAACCAAAUACCGUUCCUUCCUUUUUCUCAACAACUCGACCUUCGAACACAACACAACCAUCACGAAACUCGCAUCCAACAGGUGGAAGUACUUCUCAUACUGUAUCUCAUCAACCACAAGCGUCACCUCGCAAGGACAUUCCAAAAGAAGAAAUUAUUAAGAGUAUUUUGGAACAAGAAGUAAUUAUGAACGAGGCAGCUGAAAGGAGAAGAAAAGAGAAAAUGGAAGAAGAAGAAAGACUGGAGCGAGAGAGAAAAGAAAAAGCUCAAGCUAAACUGCUUGAGCUUGAAAGAAAACUACAGGCCAAGAAAGUGCUUCAACAACCUGCCGAGACUGAAUCACAAAACCCAACUGUAACAUCUAAUGCAAAUGAAACACAGCCUCAACCAUUAUCACCUCAACCACAUCAUCAACAAUAUGGAGAGGUGAAAAUACUUAAAUCCAAUAGAGCAAAUCAACAGCAUGGAAGAGGGGGUUCCUCGCUUCGUCAACAAAGAAACACCACUGACACCUCUAGCUCAACAAAUCAAAACUCUUCUGGAACCCAAGAGAAACAACCUCCAACAAAUCCUACGGAACUUGAUAACAAUUGGAGAGAUUCAACAAUUAAGGUUCCUAAUGCAUUUGUUGAAUCUUUCCAAAAAUCAAAAAAAUCAGAAAUUGAGCAUACUGUUCCACCUCGUGACAAGCACCAUGAAGGAGAGGUCACACGUCAUCCUAAUGUUGGAAGAGGCUCGUACGGUAACAGGGAGGCAAACAGAGGAGGAAAUACAAGAGGAAGAGGAAAUUAUCAUAAUGUAAAUGGACAACAACCUCGAAAUAACAGAAAUAAGCAGAAUGUUGUCAACGUAACCUCACAGAAUGAAACACAGAAUGAAAAUGUAGAAAAAUCAAAUCAGUUUGCUACACUUGACCUCAGCAAUGUUCUCAAAAAUAAUAUCAAUCCUAAUGAGGCAAAGAUUUCCUUUGGAUUAUUUGCUGAUGACUCUAAACCCGCUACAACACUAAGCCAUGGCAAUGCUAUUCAACAACAAUCAGCACCAUUAUCACAUCAAAACGAAAAUCAUCAGGGUGACUUAACACCUUCACAAGUGAAUGUUGAAAAUACUUUGCAGGACAAUAGCAAUGGAAAACCAUUUAAACAAAGAAGGGAAAGACCUUAUUCACAAUCAGGCGGACACAAACCCUCUCAUAGCCACCACCAUCACAGUCACAGCGGAUACAGCAAUAGACGAAAUAGUGAGGAUACAUCUUCUAUCUCCUUCAAGAAAGUGCAAGAUUCGAACACACUGACCGACAACCAAAAUAAUAAGGAUACUCAACAAUCUCACUCCAAUGGAGAGGCUCACCAUCUGCCCUCUACUGCAAUUUCCAACAUGGCUCAAGAAAGUACUAGUCAACCCUCACCAAACGUGAAUCACAGCGAUUCAAGACCUUCAUCCUCAAGAAAUCCAAGAGACUACUCCAAGAGAGGUCAAAACACUCAUCAUUCCAACAAUCCACACCACCAUCCAACCUCAAGAAAUUACAACAAUCAGACUAACAAUGGUCAGCACAACUAUGAAAAACCACACAGUAACAGGCCUAGGGACUCAAACUCUCGAGAUCAAAUCAAGCAUUUACUAUCUCAACAUUACAAAGAACUACAAGUUUUCGGAUCAUCAUGCAAAGCGUACAGAAGAUUUCUUUCUAGAUUUAAGGGAUGCCCUUUUCAACUCUACACUCAUCACAUUGAUUUGAGAUGGAAUGAAACAAUGAAAACAUGGAAACACAAGUUGAAGGAGCAUGAAUCCUAUGGGUUUGUUUUGAAUGAAUCCCUCUCCUUUCUAAGGUCUAUUCCAGAUCAUCCCUUCCUUGGGCAUUUACUUGACCUCAAAAAGUUCAUUUCAUCCAUGCAAGAAAAGUUUAGACUUGCUUUAGAUUGUGCAUUUCGGAAAUAUCGUAUACUUCAUGAAUGGAUUGCCAAUUUCCAAAGCAACGUUAAAACGCUGACAAAAAAACACGACGAUAAACACCACAGCAGAGUUGAUUUCAAACAACACGAGUGUUGCAACGUUGUCCCAUAUUCGAUUGGCCAGAGAACAAGAAUUCGAAAAGAGUGUUUUGAUCAGAUCAAAGCUUCUGAAUACCUUAUUCAACUCAAGAACCAAAUUGACGAAGAUAUUAGAAGAUUUGUAGCUCGAUUUGGAGGGAAUAAUACGAUUGGUGAGCAUCCUCCAUUACCACUCAAAAUGAAUUUCAAAGAAUGCAAGCUUGAAGACGACUCUCAUUUGAACAGGAUUGAUAACUCGUACGAUAGGAAGGAACACAGGAAGAGUUGUGUGAGAGUACAACCAGAACGAACAAGCAUCUCAGACAAAAGAGUUCACAUCAAACAACAAGCCCUCGAAUCCAAACGUUCUUCAAAUUUUACCACUGAGCACAACCAUGAGUGCCCACCAGCUCAUGUGAGGCGAUGCGAAUUUCAUGAAAUGCCAGACCGACAGCUUGAAAAAGACUUGCAUGACACCAUGCCUUAUGUGUUAUUCAGCAUUCCAGCAUCCAGUGUUAAUACGGACGAUCGAUUCAGAUCCCACAAUGCAAACAUGACUAAAAGGAAGAGGCUUGAAAAGCUUGGCAAGUUUGACUUCAGUGACGUUAUUUCCAUGCAGCAGUAUAAGAACCUGGUUCAAGACGUACAAGAUGGAGAUGAUGUUUUGAAUGGAACUAAAAUACCAGCAAGAAAAAAGAUUCCAUCACAACAUGCAGGUCAGAGAUCAUCUAAAUCUUAA